AUGUGCACGAAUGACGUCCAAUUGACUCAGAUCUUCCUGUUCUUUAUUGCAGUGUUGCCUCCCCGUGCUGUUGCCAGUCCCAAGAAGAAACGGAGCAAGCACAAAGGAUCCGAUGCUUCAAAGACUGGCUUGCCAAAGAAGUCACGGGCUGCAGACACCGCUGAGGUACCCAGCAUGGUACCUCUUGUGUCCCUUGGCCUGACUGGAGUAGAAGCAGCAAAUGAUGCUCCCCGACGUUCUGGCCGCUCUAACGCAGGAACUGGAGGUAGGAACGCCCAGCUGGAGAAGAUCGGAUUAGCGCUACAAUCUAAGCCUCAAACUCACGAACUGACGUCCCUUGGUCCCAAUGUUCCAGUCAAUCCUCAAGCCCCAGAGCCACAUCAUAAAGGUCGAAAGAAGGGUUCUAAGGCGGUUCCUCCACCAUACUCACUCGUCAGCAAUGCUCCAGAUGCCUCAGCCAUGGAUAUCACAGGGCCCAGCUUGACAUUACAACAACCUGGCAGAAGGUUUGGAUUUUCUCCUGCAAGCACUGCAGACAUUGUUCAUCCCGGUACUGCUGAGACCACUCUUCAGGCGUCGGAUAACCCAUAUGUCGCCGUCAGGAUGAAGGUCGCGGAGCAGCGCGCUCGUAAUGCGGUCGCUGAGCAGCGAGCUCUGGACGCUAUCGCUGAGCAGCGCGCUCAGGACGCUAUCGCUGAGAAACGAGCUCGGGAGGCUAUCGCUGAGCAGCAAGCCCGCGAUGCUGUCGCUGAAAAUCCAGUGGUAUUUCCGAGGUCUGUCUUUUUGGAGCACAACUUAGACCCAGCUCUGCGCCAGCAGGAUGACACUAAUCACUAUUCUUACGGUUUGGGGUGGACGAACAGGAUGCCAGAUAUCUUCCGUGUGCAAUUGCCGCUCUCAUGUUUGGCUUUGGUUGCCGCAGUGUUCAACUGCGUUCUCGACGGCCUUGCGAAAAACGGACAUGGAAAGUCAUACCCGAAUUUUUCAAGCAAGGACUACAGCCCAAUUUACAACCAGAUGCUCGUAUUUCUCGAAGAUAUCCUCGAUGAUGCGCAUCAUGGUCCGAGGCUGACAGCUCAACUGCGAGAAUGGGCUGCAGCUGGAUGGGCCGCGGCGCUGAAUCUCGAAGGAGUUGUUGAGGCGAAGCACGACCACCUGAAAAUUCUUCUCGACUAG